GCGGCGGGGCCGUCCCGAAAAGACUGCGGCCGGGCACCGGGGAGUUAAUCCGAAAGCGCCGCAAGCCCCGCGGGCCGGACUCCGCGUGUCACCGAGAAGCUGAUGUAGGGAGAUUCAGAAAGAAAGAAAGCAAUAGACAGAGUCCUGGGAAAGUCCUGCCGCGGCCUUUAGGCAAUUAUAAAAAUGUGACCCCCUCGGUCCGCCUUCCAGCCACCACCCUCACCUGCUGUGUCCACCCGUCGGCGCUCAGCUGCUGCCCAGCUCCUGCGCGGCGUCCGCUCAGCAUGUGCCCGAUGCGCAGCCUCCUCCUUGUGGUCACCCUUGUCCUCCUGGACCGCCUCAGCUUGGCCAGGAAUCUCCCUACAGCCAUACCAGGCCCUGGAAUGUUCCGGUGCCUUGACCACUCCCAAAACCUCCUGAAAGCCAUCAGUGACAUGCUUCAAAAGGUCACACAAACCUUAGAAUUUUACUCUUGCACUUCUGAAGAGAUUGAUCAUGAAGACAUCACAAAAAAUACAACCAGCACACUGAAGGCCUGUUUACCACUGGAAUUAACCACGAAUGAAAGUUGCCUGGCUUCCAGAGAGACAUCUUUCAUAACUAAUGGGAGUUGCCUAGCCUCCAGGAAGACCUCUUUUAUGAUGACCCUGUGCCUUAGUAGUAUCUAUGAGGACCUGAAGAUGUACCAGGUGGAGUUCAAGACCAUGAAUGCAACGCUCCUGAUGGACCCUAAGAGGCAGAUCUUUCUGGAUCAAAACAUGCUGGCAGCUAUUGACAACCUAAUGCAGGCCCUGAAUUUCAGCAGUGAGACCGUGUCACCAAAACCCUCCCUUGAAGAGCCGGAUUUUUAUAAAACUAAAAUGAAGCUCUGCAUACUUCUUCAUGCUUUCAGAAUUCGUGCAGUGACUAUCAACAGAAUGAUGAGCUAUCUGAAUUCUUCCUAAAGAGCUAAGGAAAUGCUUUAAUAGAAAAAAGCAGGAAUUUAUAAGCUAUUUCCAUACCAAAGUGUUUGUAGAAACAAAUUAUCAAGCAUAAUUUAUUUUAAAGUAUUUAUUUAUAUAAUUUUGUGUUCAUGAAAGCAUGUGGACUAACUUAUAUUUAUUUAUGUUAUAUUUAUUGAAAUAUUUAUUAUCA